AUGUUACGUUAUUUAUUGCUUGUCGUAUUUUUUGUGAAAGUUUUUGCCGGUGAGGAGGAGGAGAAUCGAAUUGUGGUCCUAAGCGAUGGUGCGGUUAGCGGAAAGAAAUAUUGGAAUGGAGAUUACUAUGAGUUCUACGGUGUGCCAUACGCUACUGUGCCUAAAGGAAAAGACAAGUUUAAGUCGCCAUUACCUGCGGAACCAUGGGAAGGUGUGAAGGAAGCCAACUCACUGAGCAGUGUGUGCGAACAAGUCUAUUUGACAGAUGACCCAGACGAUGAGGUCAUGUUGCACGGAGAGGAGGAAUGUCUGACUAUGAAUCUACUGGUUCCUGAAAUAGCAAACGAAAAUAAUUUAGUUCCAGUAAUGGUUUACGUACACAGCGGAGCAUUCGCUGGUGGCAGUGGCAACAUGGCAAAAUAUAAUUACUUGGCAAGGCACGACGUAAUCGCUAUAAGUUUUAAUUACAGAGUCGGAGCAAUCGGCUUUGCUUGUCUUGGAACUGAGGAUAUUCCAGGAAACGCCGGCCUCAGAGAUCAAAUAGCGGCUCUGAAAUGGAUCAAUAAAAAUAUCAAGAAAUUUGGUGGCGAUCCUAACAGAGUAACACUUGGUGGGUACAGCGUUGGAGCUACUAUGGCUGAAUUGCUAAUGCUGUCCAAAGCCACCGAUGGAUUGGUUCAUAAAUUGAUUUUAGAAAGUGGUUCAGCUCUUGCCCCUUUUGCAAUUAACAGACAUCCUAUUACUACAGCUAGAAAUAUUGCUAUUUCGAUCGGCUUCAACGAUACUGGAAGCCUCAAGGAUCUGAAUGAUUUCCUCAUUAAUGCUCCCAUUAUUGACUUGGCGUCAAAAAGCAAAAAUUUCUAUCUAACCAACAGUACUUUUGGUUUUGCUCCGUGCAUCGAGACGAAAAUAGAAGGUUUAGAGCCCAUUAUCACUCAAUCUCCUCUUGACAUCAUCAACAGUGGUGACUACAAGAAAAUCCCAAUCAUAACAGGCUUCGCAAACAUGGAGGGCAUCAGCCGUACAAUCAAGUUCGGCGAUUGGAGAGAUAAGAUGAAUGAGAACUUCGCUGAUUUCCUACCAGCGGACUUGAAGUUCGAAAACGAAAAAUCAAGAGAUGAUUUCAUUAAGGACGUCCUAAAAUAUUAUUUCAAAUCCGAGAAAAUAACUCACGAAUCGCUCCAGGCUUACAUUGAUUAUUUUUCCGAUUCAAUGUUCAAAUAUUCUAUAAUGAAAUCGGCGAAGCUCCACGCUCGGAAAUCUGAUAAGCCGGUAUAUUUGUAUGAGUUUACUUACGUCGGUAAAUUGAACAUGAAGCAUUAUUACAUGGAUCGAGUGAAAGGUGCUAGUCACAGAGACCAAACGGCCUAUGUUUUGGAUUUCUUCGAUCACGUUACCAAGCCCAAGGACAUGGAUACAAGAGACAGACUAACGACUAUGUGGACUGAUUUUGUAAAAUAUGACGACCCCACUGCGUUCGAAAGUUUACUGAUGAACGUCAAAUGGCUGGAAUACAAUGAGAAGGAACAAAAUUAUUUGGAAAUCGGCGCCAAAUUGAAAAUGAAAAAAGAUAUAUUCGUCAAAAGAUACGUUUUCUGGGACAAAGUUUACACGAAGCAUUAUUGGACCCCGACUGCUGUUGGUGUUGAGAGUACAAAACAAUAA